AUCUUGUCUAGCUAGAUACAGUACGCUUUCUCUGUCUUUCUUACUGUCGCAGUCUCCUCAGUCCCCUUUUGCUUCUUUUUUCUCGUAUCGCUCCAAAUUGCUGUACUGUACUCUUCUUCAUUCAAUGUAAAUGUAGAAGCUUCUUCUUCCUCAGAGAGCAAUGGCUGUAAUUGGCAUCAAUACCAUUUCGCUCUACGAACUCGAAUCCGCCGUCUCUGCUCUCCGAAUUUACUGGUUUUGAGCUAUUCUUUGCUACGAAAAUAGCUUCGCAACAACCAGGCUUUAUGUUUCAGUCAGAUACAGGUAUUUUGAUGUUAUGCUAGAUGCUGAAGUAAAGAGAAGGUUAAGGAAUUUUUUAAUGGUUAGGCUUCGCGGCCUCAGUGAGAACUUUAGACCACAUCUGUCAAGAGCUUGCAAACAUGGUAGCUCGCUGAGCAACCGACAUGUAUGCCUUUUGCUGCCUUUGUAAAGUGUGAUUGAACUCAACUAACCUUUGGGAAGAAACCUGUGUGAAUGCCAGUCGGUAGACGGUUUAUAAAUGCUGGAAAAUGGUUUAGAUCCGAGUUUCACAGUUGAAUUCUCAGUUGAGGAAGUCGAGAUGGCUCUGAAACUAGGGUUGCUUUGCAAAAAUGGUGUUCCAAAACUAAGAGACUCCAUGGAAGAAGUGGUGCGGACUUUUGGAAUCUUCUUUGUUCGGCAGUUAUCCAGAAAACGUUAAAGCUAUACAAGGUGGAGCUUGCAUCGUAUUGAGUUGAGAGAAUACCUGCACAUCAGAUCCAGACUCUCUGGUUCAUCAUCUGGGAUGGCUCGUUGGUUGCUUCAGAUCCUGAUAAUCUCUUCUCUUCAUCUGAUUUCUCUAUCAAGUCAACAAGAGACAAGGUUUGUCUAUGAAAGCUUUCUCGACCAAGAAAAUCUUUAUAUUGAUAAAUCGGCUGUAGUACUUCCCAGUGGAUUAUUGCGGUUGACGAACGCUUCGGAGCAUCAGAUUGGUCAUGCUUUCCACAAGAAACCACUUGAGUUCAGUCCAACCGGGCCACUCUCUUUCUCAACACACUUUGUGUGUGCUCUGGUGCCUAAGCCAGGUGUUGAAGGUGGCCAUGGUAUUGCCUUUGUAUUAUCUCCUUCUAUGGAUUUCACGCACGCAGAGUCAACUAGAUACUUGGGGAUUUUCAAUGCUUCAACAAGUGGAUCUUCCUCUUAUCACGUGCUUGCUGUUGAGCUUGACACUAUUUGGAACCCAGAUUUCAAAGAUAUCGACCACAAUCAUGUGGGGAUUGAUGUGAACAGUCCUAUAUCUGUCGCAAUUGCUUCGGCAUCUUACUAUUCCGACAUGAAAGGGAGUAACAAAAGCAUAAUCCUUAGAAGCGGAAAACCAGUACAGGUCUGGGUGGAUUAUGAAGGCACUUUGCUCAAUGUUACGAUUGCUCCGCUUAAAUUGCAGAAGCCAAGUCGACCUCUUUUGUCACACCCCAUCAACCUUUCAGAAAUCUUUCCGAAAAGAUCAAGACUGUUUGUUGGGUUCUCUGCAUCAACAGGGACAGCGAUCAGUGAUCAAUAUAUUCUUGGGUGGAGUUUUAGCACAAGCAGAGGAUCGCUGCAGCGACUCAAUAUCUCAAACCUUCCUGGUGUUCCUCAUCCACAUAAGAAACUACCGAAACUUUAUAUCAUCCUGCCUGUUUGUUUGGCUAUUGUGCUGUUGGCUGCGCUUGCAGGACUUUAUUUCCGCAGGAGAAAGAAGUAUUCAGAAGUAUCGGAAACAUGGGAAAAGGAGUUUGAUGCACAUCGGUUCUCUUACAGGUCCUUGUACAAAGCAACAAAGGGGUUCAGCAAAGAUGAAUUUCUCGGAAAAGGAGGUUUUGGAGAAGUUUAUAGAGGAAAUCUCCCACAAGGCAGAGAUAUAGCCGUGAAGAGAGUUUCCCAUAAUGGUGAUGAAGGUGUGAAGCAAUUUGUGGCUGAAGUCGUGAGUAUGAGAUGUCUGAAACACAGGAAUCUUGUACCACUUUUUGGGUAUUGCAGAAGAAAACGAGAACUUCUUCUUGUCUCAGAGUAUAUGCCGAACGGUAGUCUUGACGAGCAUCUGUUUGAUGACCAGAAGCCGGUUCUUUCUUGGUCACAAAGACUCGUGGUUGUUAAGGGUAUUGCUUCUGCUCUCUGGUACUUGCAUACAGGUGCUGACCAAGUUGUUCUGCACCGAGAUGUCAAAGCUUCCAACAUUAUGUUAGACACGGAGUACAAUGGAAGGUUAGGGGAUUUUGGCAUGGCCAGGUUUCACGAGCAUGGAGGCAGUGCAGCUACAACAGCAGCCGUGGGCACUGUAGGGUACAUGGCACCAGAGCUAAUCACAAUGGGAGCUUCCACUGGAACUGAUGUUUAUGCAUUUGGUGUUUUCAUGCUUGAAGUAACCUGUGGGAGGAGACCCGUGGAACCGCAGUUGCAAGUUGAGAAACGACAUAUGAUCAAAUGGGUUUGUGAGUGCUGGAAAAAGGAUUCUUUGCUUGAUGCUACCGACCCAAGAUUGGGAGGUGAAUACAUAGCCGAAGAAGUCGAGAUGGUUAUGAAACUCGGUCUGCUCUGUUCAAAUAUAGUGCCAGAAUCCAGACCUACAAUGGAACAAGUGGUUCUGUACCUCAACAAAAACCUACCUUUGCCAGAGUUCUCACCAUAUACUUUGGGGAUUGGCACAUUUGCUCCUGUUCUGGUUGAUGCAUCCUCCCUUGUAGUCUCUUCCGCGUCAUGGAGUUGGUCAGCCCCCUCAAUGUCUUCUUCCUCAACAAACCACUCACCUUAUGCUUGUCAGUCAACCGAUCAGCCAUGGGGACAGACAUUGGACACUACAAACUCUAUUCACAUAGUUGCAGAACCAGAGAAGCCUAAGACUAUCGCACCCGCUGUCAAAACGGUCACAUUGUCUGGAGAAAAUCUUUAGUCCAAUCAUUCCAGCAUCGGCAGUGAGAGGUAAUUCCUGAUGUACAUAUCAACAAGAAGAUCUCAUUAGCUCUCAAUAUUGUUUUAUCUGUCUCACUUGUCCCAACAAAAUCAGUUUGUUCUUUGGAAAUACUUAUCUGAUUAAUGAGAUUAUACAUUUUUCAUA